CCUGUAGUCUGCCCUCCGACUGCUUCACCUUUGCCCAUGGAGCCGAGCUCGCCCCACUCGCCGGUGACCCCAAUGCGGAGCUUCCGAACUGGACGGAGCUAUGUCCUGGAGAUGUGCAGCGCCAGAAUUCUGGUGCUCUGCAUGUGUGCCAUUAGCACCACCCUGUUUGUAGGAUUUCGAGCAGAGCAUGACCCAGAAUGGCAAAAGCUUUUUGAGGUUUGCGAGACCGGGCCGGGACGAAAGGUGAGAUGCCAUUCAAACCCAUGGCAAGCUUUGCUUGUUGGGAACGUGCUCUUGGUGGCUACAACCAUGAUGAUCAGUGGCUAUCGGAGCCACCACGUUUUUCUGGCUGCAGUGACCUUUUUGGGAAGCACUGGCAUGAUUUCCACAGAGCAAGCCCUUGCUGGCUUCUCUAGCUCUGGAAACAUUGCCUUUCAAGCAGUCUUGCUGCUCGUGGCGGGCAUCCAAGAUUCAGGCGUUCUGGAUCAUAUUUUUUCCCGCAUGUUGGGGACCAGAGAAACACAUACCAAGGCAUUUGUGCGGGUGCAGGUUGUGACGGCCUUGUUGGGAGCUAUGGUCCAACAAACAACAGUUGUAGUUGCUGCAGCACCUGCCCUGCAACGCUGGGCCCCUCGUGCUGGAUGGUCAGUUCGUGAAGUUUUACUUCCGGUUUCGACCGUUGGAGCGGUGAGCCAGAACUUAGUGAUUGUGACCUCAACGGUGGCCCUCACGAUUUACCAAACAAUGCCAGAAGCACAGCUGGAGAUGCUUGAUCCUGCACUAGUUUGUAUUGCCUUGACCUCUUUGACCAUCGUCUAUUGCACGCUGCUUGCGAAGCCCCUGCUCAGUGCCAUGGUCAAAGAACCUCACCUGGACAACAGAGAGCACAUGAGGCAUCAGUGUCACAAUCGCUACUAUUUGUCGUUCGAGGUCGCGAAAGGGUCUUUCUUAAUCGACUCUACCAUAGCACAGGCUGGAUUGCUUUUUAUGCCUGGCGCAUCUCUGGUGGAUUCGGACUUCCCUUUGGACCAACAAAUGCUUGCUGGCAACCGACUCAACUUUGCGGCUACUGCUGCUGGGGUCGCGCAGAUCCGGAACAGAAGCCCUGGCCUCGUUCUUCAAGGAGUUGACACACUGGCCGUAUUGGGAGCGCAGAGGCAUAGAAGACGCCUUUUCGAAGUUGGAAUAGCUCCAGGCUCAUCAUUGGUGGGUUGCAAGCUGCCGAUUACUUUGAACCAGGCCACAUGCCUUGCAGCUCGCCGACCUCAACCUUACAACAUGGCCAGCCCUCAGCCCAGCCGACGGAACCUUUACCAGAGAGACCGCCCGCAAGGUGGCUUUUUCAAUGAUCCUUUGGAUACGAUCUGCAGUGUGGAGUUGGGGGAAUUUAGAGAAGCACUGGACGUUGGAGACAUCCUGUUGGUUGAAGCCUUCUUGGAGUUCCCGGACCUGCCUGAGGUUGAAACUGACUUCAGCUUUGUAGCUUUGGUGCCAGAAUCCGCACCUCCAAGACAUGGAAGACCUGUGGACCAACGGCGAGGUUGGUUGGCGCUGCUCCUUCUCGGCGCAGUCAUACUAUUUUCAUUGCUGGAACUUGGAGAGCUGGUGUUUCUGGGCCUCGCUGCUGUGAGUUGCUGCAUCGUGCUGAAUGUGGUGCAUCGAGAGCUGGUUCUGCAGCGCUUGAAUUUGCCAAUUUUUCUGACAAUUGCUGGAGGUCUUGGAGUUGGUCAGGCCAUCAAGGUGAGCGGGUUGGCAAGCGCUUGGGCCAAGCUUGUAGUUUCUGCUGGGCACUAUGUUGCAAUGGGGCAUCCAAUCGGAGUACUUGUGGCGCUUUCUUUCAUCACUUCUCUACUUUCCAAUUUGAUGUCACAUACGGCAACAGCGGCACUCAUGGCCCCAAUUGCAAUGAAGAUAUGCACAGCUGAGUCAAUGAGCCUUGCCAUUUUAGCCGAGUCCGAAUCAUGCUGAUGUGCUUGGUGGUGUGCAAGAGUUCCCAAGGAAUCUCAAGACAGCUGCCUUGGUGCUGAUGUUUUCUGCCAAUACGGCUUUCACUACGCCGUUUGCAACCUCUGCGAACAUCAUGAUCAAAGGCAUGGGCCCAUAUGAGUUUCCGGACUACUUCAAGUUUGGUGCACCUCUGCAGAUGCUAUGCUUGUUUGCCAUACCAACACUUUGCGCUUUGCAAUUUGGCGUGUCAGCACCUCUUGACACCGUUGAAGCUUGAACAUUUGCAAUAAGCAGCAGCACAGAUUCAAGC